AUGAGGACCACCGACCCUGAGAUUAUCCUCUUCCUCGACUCUGAGGAUUUAACUAAGCUGCGAAAGCCCGAGUCCUCCAUGAACACAUCGCGUGUAUGGAAGUGCUCGCAUGCGCGUUGUGACGCGAGGCCUUAUUCAAAGAAAGCGCUGCUUUUCAGGGCGCUUAUUCGGCCUCUCUAUGCCCUCGUGUUUUUAUUCGGUCUCUUCAGUCUCUUUACAUUCACUCGGAGCGGUCUUUUCUCGUUUUUCGCAGAUGCUCGCGAUGCUCACCUUUUCCUAAAUCACCAGUCACCUCUCUCCUCGAUUUGGCCGACUCACGGUGUUGACCCCGUUGCUUGUCAUUCCCAUAACGACUACUGGCGCCGUCUUCCGCUCUUCUCUGCUCUUGCGGCUGGCUGCAUUAGUGUGGAAGCGGACGUCUGGUUGCACAAUGGGGAUCUCCAAGUCGGACAUACACGUCAAACUGUGCUCCCAGGACAGACGUUGCGCAGUCUCUACCUCGACCCGCUCCUAGAGAUGCUCCAGAAAUAUAAUCCAAUUGCGAAUGAUUCAGAAAUCCCAGAAGAGGUCGUCGGCAUCUUCGCUAGAGAUCCCAAGCAAACUCUCGUCCUUCUCGUCGACUUUAAAGGAGCUGGAGAACUUAUUUGGCCUCACCUCAUGGAACAACUGCAGCCCCUACGAGAAGGUGGAUACUUGACCUACUUCAACGGCUCGGAAGUCCAAAAUCGCCCCAUCACAAUCGUCGCGUCGGGCAAUGCUCCCCUCGAGCAAAUUCUCCAAAGCACAACCCACCGUGACGUCUUCUACGACGCUCUGUUGGACGUCCUCACCCACACCACAUUCUCAACCGUCAAGGAUCUCAGAAUGGACGGGUCUCUUUUCAACGACCACAAUAGCUACUACGCCUCCGUCGACUUCCACCAGUCCAUUGGCUCACUUCCACUCGGCCGUCUUUCUCAGGGUCAGCUCGCUAAGAUUCAGCAUCAGAUACUUGUUGCGCAUGAACGGGGUUUGAAAGUGAGGUACUGGGGAACACCGAAGUGGCCGAUUGGUUUGAGAAAUCAUGUUUGGAGGGCACUAGUUCGGGAGGGGGUGGAUGUGCUUAACGUGGAUGAUUUGCAUGGUGCGACAAAAGUGGAUUGGAGGCCCAGGACUUGGUGGAACUGA